UCCUUUCAGUGGCACAUCGUGCGUAACAGGGAAGUAAGUCUGACCCGAUUUGUACGUUGUUAAGAGUUAUGUGUUCCCUGUGUGAGCUGCUCGGCGCUCAAAGUUAAUUUCUCCUCGGUUUUAACGACGGUAAUUUUCCUUUUUUUUGAGGGACAAAGUUGGGAUAAAAUGGAUUGAUGGAGGCAGGAAAUGUUCAAUAGGAUAUUCGGACUGGCUUAUGAAACAGAGGAGGAGGAAGAAGCGUCAGAGCAGAGCGUUUUGUUCCCCCCAAUGUUUUGAAAUCUAUUUAACUGAAGCCCUGCUUGAUCAUGGCCCAGUGGAUGCACAUUUCCCAAAUGAUACAGUGCCUGUCUGAUGAGGCUAUCAACAACCUCUAUCCCCCAGCCGCCUUCCCCAUUGAAGUCAGACAUUUUUUAGCUGAAUGGAUUGAGAGCCAACGAUGGGACGACUUUGCGCUGGAAAAGGUGGAGCAGGAGAGCCAAGCUCAGGCCCUGUUGGACCAGACCAUCAGCAUGCUGCAGUCGAUGGCUCAACAGAACACCAGUGUGGUGGACAGGAUGAAGCUGAUGCAGAUCAGCAGGAACAUGACGAUGUUUCAGCAGCAGCCUCUACAGUUUGGAGUGAUGGUCAGGGACAUCCUCAGGAAGGAGAGAGUUCUGCUCGCCACGCCUACUCCGAUGCCCAGCCCUCCUCGGUACCAACAGUAUCCCAGCAGAGAGUCUACGUUCCCCACCAUGCAGGAUGUAGACAACCUGGUUCUGAGGGUCCUUGAGGUCCAGGACAUCCGACAAAAGAUGCACCAGCUGCAGGAAGACCUCAACUGGGAGAGGCAGAACUAUGAGAGUUUACAAGGGCAGAUCCAACAGAAUGGCCUGGAUCCCACAAACUCAGAAAUCCAGAAACUACAGAACCACAUCCAACAGAUGGAGUACAAUGUGAAAGCAAUGGCCACGAAACGUUUCCAGCUGCUGAAGGAAUGUGUGGACUGUCUGGACCAGUGUCAGAGCCGACUGAUAAGCAGGCUGAAGGCGUGGAGGUGGGAGCAACACAAGGCCGCCAUUGGACAUCCCUUUGAUGAUAACCUCAACCCUCUGCAGACCUGGUGUGAGCAGCUGCUUGGAGUGAAUGGGAAGCUGAGACAGGAACUGAUGCUAAUAGGUGAACCAAUCCCAGAGCUGCAGGAAAGGCUGGGGCAGCUUCUGCAGGUUCUCAUUCAAAGUUCUCUCAUAGUGGACAAGCAGCCCCCUCAAGUCAUUAAGACCCAGUCAAAGUUCUCCACUACUGUGCGGUAUCUGCUGGGGGAGAAAGUAGCUCCCGGGAAGCCUGUGGUGCUGAAGGCACAAAUCAUUAAUGAAAUGCAGGCCAGGAAUCUGGGCAGUGUACCCGGUGAUAAUGUUGGGGAACUAAUAAACAACACAGCCAUUCUAGAGCACAACACAUCCAGCAAGAGCACAUGUGCCACCUUCAGGAACAUGUCCAUCAAGAAGAUCAAGAGAGCAGACAGGAAGGGAUCGGAGUCUGUGACAGAAGAAAAGUUCGCUCUCCUGUUCUCGACAGAGAUCACCAUCACAGGCUGUGACACACCUUACAAGAUACAGAUGAUCUCGCUGCCGGUGGUCGUCAUCGUCCACGGUAGUCAAGACAACAACGCUCUGGCCACCAUCAUAUGGGACUGUGCAUUUGCUGAGGCAGACAGAGUGCCGUUUGUGGUGCCGGAGCGUGUGCCCUGGAGGAUGAUGUACAACACUCUCAAUAGUAAAUUCACCUCUGAGGUCCAGACAAAACACAAUCUGGACCAGUACAACCAGCACUUCUUGGCGCAGAAGAUAUUCGACAAGUCGGACUUUGCAGACGACUUCAGCAACAUGAUGGUUUCCUGGGCCCAGUUCAAUAAGGAGGUUCUCCCUGGUCGACCGUUCACUUUCUGGCAGUGGUUUGAGGGAGUGAUGGACCUGACCAAGAAGCACUUGAAGACCUACUGGAGUGAAGGGCUGAUAUUUGGUUUCAUCGGGAAGCAGCAUCUACACCUGAUUCUGAAAGACAGGCCCAACGGGACAUUCUUGCUUCGCUUUAGUGACUCUGAGAUCGGAGGCAUCACCAUUGCAUAUGUGUCCCCAUCUGAGAAUGGGGGACAGAAAAUUCAGAACAUCCAACCCUUCACCAAAAGAGAUCUUGAGAUCCGUAGCCUUGGUGACCGCAUCCAGGACAUCAACCACAUAACACAUCUGUAUCCUGAUUUUCCUAAAGAGAAGGUUUUCAAAAGAUUCUACUCAGAGCCUCAAAGUACACCCAGCGGGGGUUAUAUCCCUGUGUCUCUCCAAACAAAAGUUGGCACGGAAUUAGGCCCAACCACACAUCCAGCUCCCAAUGUGCAACUUCUCACUGAUGGUACCACUGGCUUCCCCAUGCAUCAGUUCCAGCAGCCGUUCAGUCCCCAAGAGUCCAUCACCUCAGAAAUAAUGGAGACUGCACCGUCUCCUGCAGUGGAGUUCCAUCCAAACCCUCCUGUUGCCUUCACUGAACCAAUUUCCUCACCCAACGCUGUGGAUAUAGAUUUCGAAACUAUUCUCCAAACUCUGAGUCCUGAUAACUAGAAAGUUGACUUUGGAGCGGAAAGCAAACGUCUAACAGAGACGAGACCUCGUCUGUCUGACCUUCACGUGAAAACAAUGCCAGUCUUUGUACAGGCUUUCUUCCCUCACUUUUCAUGAUCCAUCUACAACUCCCUCUACCUGCGGGAGACAAAUUUGAUUUCUGUGGACUCAACAUGUUGAGAGGUGCUACGCGAAGGCAGGAAAUUCAGGACACUUCAGGAAACAUACUAAGACAAUCUUUGCUGUGCAACCUUUUGUCUCCCUCACUCUUGAUGGUAGGUUUGUUGAUGGUUUCCUUGUCUGUUUGUACUACACUCCAUGCAUGAUUUACUGUACAGCUUGCAGUGACCAAUGACCAAACAUGCAUAAAAGCAGACAGAGUGAUGCUCAUGGAAAUGUAAUGAUAAUGUGACAUCCCUGCCCAGUGGACCGACAGGCACUGGACAUUAUUUUUGUGGUUAUUUUGUCCUCUUUGCUGUAAGCAUGCUGCAUGUUUUUUUACUCAUGAUGAGGUAUGCAUAUUUGAGUAUUAUUUCACCGUUGUACGUAACCCAUCCUAAAAAGCCUGGCUAAGCCUGAGUUAUCAGUAUGUUUUAAACUCAGACUCAUAGUAAUACACAGUAUGUAUGGUAAAUACUUAACAUGAAACAUUAGUAACCUUAAACUGUUCUGUGGUGUAGUGAGGAUGAAGAAUGUGAAAGGAAAAUGUUGACUGUUAACUACAUAACAUUGAUGGACACUUACAGUGCAGCAGAUGACAGACGUGGUGGUGGUGAUGGUGAUGCUCAUACUAUGUCAACUCAAAGACUCAUUUGCCUGUAUUUUCUGUUGUACAUAUAUAUAUCUAUAUAUAUAGAUAUAUAUAUAUAUCUAUAUAUAUUUGAAAGCUUUUGUUAGAGUUUGUUUUGGGCCUUUUUGUAUUUUUUAUUUAGAUGCCUGAAUGCACACACAAACAGUGUUGCAGUCUGUAUCUGCCUACAGUCUUCUUUUGAGUGACAAAACUGAUAAACAUAAUGAAAGUAAAUGACCAUGGGAUAUUUACAAAACGUUCUCAAUCCGCAAAUUAAUGUGAGGUUGUGUGGAAUCUCACAUGACUUGAUAACAUUUCAUUUAAAUUUUUAGAGUUGUUUAACUUCAAAGAUUAGAAAGCUGGAUGUAGUAUAAAAUAAAGGGAAUCAAAAAUGAAAAUUAAAGAAAUAAUUAGUGUUGCAGUUAAUAGGAAACUAAUGGAUAAAUAGCCAUUAUUCUGACAGAAGAUGCAGUAUCUUUGCUUUGGUGGGAGCUUUAAGUCUUUUAGUUGCUUUGAAUGUAUAUCAAAACCAAUGUUCUCAAUAAACUAACUCUGGUUUUAUGAGAAGCUGUGCACUACCAUCACUGUCAGUGUUGUGCAUGUUGUAACACAGCGGUGUGGCAGACAUACUGUGUUGCAUGUGUGUUUGCCAGAUGAUGAACUUUUAUAUCAUGUGGACUGACUUUUGGAUAAAUCACUUCAAGGCUA